AUGUCUAUCUUUCGUUCAAUCAAGCCAGCACCACAAAAUUACACCCGUCCCUCUUCUUCUGUAAUUUCCCCAAAACUUUCCAUCUUUGAUUUUAUCGAUACUCUAACCCCACGCGAACGCAGUCUCGUGUUCAACCCACCUUACGAUCUCAAAAUUUCUCUCGAAGAUCUCCUCUGUUCAACACGGCAGCAACAAAACAGCCGAACCAAAAAAAAUCCUCCCCGUGCGCCAAACGCAUGGAUCUUAUUUCGUAAAAGUUUCGCAAACGAAUAUCGUGCACAAAAUCCCGACAAGCCGUGGACAAUGCAGAAAAUUUCCACGUUGGCUAGAGAUAAUUGGAACAUUCAGUCGAAUACUGUCAAAGAAUAUUUUGCUACGCUUGCUAAAUUGGCUCUACAACGACAUAGAGCUACCUAUCCUAAUUACUUGUACCAACCGAGAAAAACCAAGCAGGAUGAAAAAAAUCAAACCUGGCUGUUUAGAGAAGUGAAUAGAGACGCAUUUGUAAAGAAUAAAAACGACAAAGCGGAAGCGGACAGCGAAAAUGGAGAUGUCGUAAACGAAAGUUGCAGCAGAGGAAAAGAUACUCCUCCGAUAAUAAAAGAUGGAAAGAUUAAACAAUUACAAAAUGCUUUAUUCGUAAAAGAUGAGCGUCGUCGUUUCAUUAGGAGGAUUAAGGAAGAGGAUACUGAUAAAGCUUCACCCGUAAUCUUUCUGCUCUUCUACAUCAAAAAAAGAAAAGAAAAGAAUCCUCCGGCUUAA